AUGUCAACCAAGAGGAAAAUCAUUGACGAUCCAUCACUCCAAGAUAAUCACCACACAAAACUCACCAAGUAUUUUCAUCAUCAUGACCAAGAGAAGCGCAUUUUCCCCUGUGAGAUUCUCCUAGAAAUAAUGAAAUAUUUGCCAAUCACAGAUCUUUGCUCGGACUCAUUGGUUUGCAAACAAUGGAAUGAUGUUGCCCACAACAAUCAUUUAUGGAAAUCACUCUAUGAGAAGCAAUACAAGGAUCAUCCCUUCUCUUCAAAGGAUCCAUUAUUUGGAGGUGAUUUGAUUGAAAAUUUAGCAACAUUUAAAUUUUCAAAGUGUCUCUUCAAGGCCAUGUUUGCUCUCAAGAAGAGCUUUUACCAAUUACAAGUCAUUUCAAAACAAAAUAUUUAUCCAGACAUGGUAGAAUUGUUUGAAGGCGAUCAAGAUGAAGGAUUUACAUUCAAGGAAGGAGAAGAAAAUUUUGAACCUACACUCGAGAUGAAACAAAUGAUUAAAAGUUGGACACCUUCUUCUAGUGACGAUGAAAUUAGUGGAAACAAAUAUGGUUACUUUAUAUGUGAAGAAUGUGCAGAGAAUGAAAAUUUGAUCAAAGUGGUGUUCAAAAAUCCACUUACUGAACAAGUAUUCGUAUUCUUUGAAAUUUCCAAUAGCAAUCCUUAUGGAAGUAUUCACUUGGAACAUGAAGAAGAGUGUUUUGCUCUUAACUUUGAAGGAUGUUUGCAUAUGGAAAAUGAGAGUAUGAAUGAAUGUGAAUUGCCCAAUUUCGAUUUUAUGAUUGCUCUUCAGCGAUUUAUUAAUGAUGUCCAAGAAUGUCCAGAACAUUUGUUGUACUAUGCAAGACAAACGUUUGAGGUUGAAAAUAUUCUUGGACCAAAGAAAGGAACUAUUUAUUGA